AUGCCAACAGCAACUAGUCAUCAACAGCAACAACGUUUUUCAACAAAUACAAAUUUAACGCGUAUUGCAACCGAGGAAAAAAGUGGUUGGUUACAAAAAUGGACGAAUUAUUUAAAAGGUUAUCGACAGCGUUGGUUUGUACUCGAUUCAAAUGCUAUUCUUAGCUAUUAUCGUAAUCAGUCGGAAGUUGGCCAGUUAUGUCGUGGAAGUAUAAAUUUGCAAGAGGCUCAUAUACAUAUUGAUAAAUUAACUAAUAAUUUAACGAUAUCAGCUUUAUCGCAAACCUAUCACCUUAAAGCACAGAAUGAAUUUGAUCGUCAGCAGUGGUUAAAUACUUUAGAAUAUAUACGACAUCGAGCUAUUACAAAUGCUGAAUCAGAUGAAGAGGAAGUUGUAAAAAUAAAUAAUAUAUUGGAUAAAACUGGUAAAAUCGAUUCAUUUAGUCAAGUUUUAUCAGCUAAAAUUGAAGAUCUUCGCACUUGUAAUUCACUUAUUGCAAAACAUGGAAAUGAAUUAUUGAAGACGUUAAAUGAAUUGGAAAUACCCGAUACGACGCGAUUAAUAAAUGAACGAAUAAGUUUAUUUAAACUAACAACUUCAGCAAUGAUCAAGGCUUGUGGUGAAUUUUUAAAUAUAACUGCUAAGGAGUCGAGACGAGUUGAACGUUAUGCAGCAGAUCAACAUGAACGUUGUUUGAGACUUCAAGAUCAGUUAGAGGAGCUCGCACAACAACAUAGCAGUCUUGAGCGUCACGCCUAUCACGCUACUCAUCAAGGUUUGAAAAGAAUUGAAAGUGAUGAAGAAUUUUAUGAUGCAACGGAUCAAAUGAUUGAUUUACUUUCCGAUCGAAAAUCAAUUUCGUCUCAAACUGGUUCAAGUAAUGAUGACAAUGAUCGUCAACCGUUCGAUGCCGAAAUUGUUACGUCGUCGACUGCAGUAUGUGAACAGAUUCCUGUAGAUUUUGGUGCAUACGCACCACCAUGCACUGAUAGUACAAAUACGAAUACAAUGAGAAAAAGGCGUACGAAAAUUCCUGAGAGACCACAGGUGUCAUUAAAUCUGUGGUCUAUAAUGCGAAAUUGUAUUGGUAAAGAACUUUCAAAGAUACCAAUGCCCGUCAACUUUAAUGAGCCAUUAACAUUUCUUCAAAGAAUAUCUGAAGAUUUGGAAUAUUCACAUUUAUUGGAUAAAGCAGCGUUUAUCGAAAAUUCGCUUGAACAAAUGUGUUAUGUUGCUGCAUUUGCAAUCAGCUCAUAUUCAACUACGGGUAAUCGGACUACGAAACCUUUCAAUCCUCUUCUUGGAGAAACUUUUGAAUGCGAUCGUUGGGCAGAUCUUGGUUGGCGUUCCAUGGCAGAACAGGUAUGUCAUCAUCCUCCCGUAACUGCACAUCAUGCAGAUGGAAGAAAAUGGUCAUUACAUCAAGAUUUCACCAUGACUUCCCGUUUUCGUGGCAAAUAUCUUUCGAUUAUUCCGAUAGGAUAUACUUAUAUCAAGUUUAAUGGACGAUCAAAUAAUUAUUCCUACAAAAAGGUAACAACAACUGUACAUAAUAUUAUUGUUGGCAAAUUAUGGAUAGAUAAUCACGGUGAGAUGGUAAUAACUAAUCAUUUGACUGGUGAUAAAUGUUUUUUAAAAUUCCAUGCGUACAGUUAUUUUUCUCGCGAUAUACCACGAAAGGUGACAGGCAUUGUUAAAGAUCAGAAUGGCACUGUCCACUGGAUAAUUCAAGGAACAUGGGAUAAAAGUUUGGAUAUGUUAAAAGUCAUCAAGGGAAGUGGUGAUGGUGAUAAGGCUGUAUUUGAGACAUCUCCAGCCAGGCGGAUAUGGAACGUAAAUCCUCCAAUCCCGGAUGCGGAAAAAAUGUAUCAUUUUACUAAGCUAGCGAUCGAAUUAAAUGAAUUAGAAGCUGGCAUAGCUCCAACAGAUUCGCGUCUUCGUCCUGAUCAACGCUUAAUGGAGGAAGGGAAGUGGGAUGAGGCAAAUCAAGUUAAAGUCGAAAUUGAAGAAAAACAACGAGCUGCGAGAAGACAGCGUGAAGCAUUAGCUGAAAAAGCAAUGCAAUUAGGUGAACCAUUCGAGGAAUAUCGACCCUUAUGGUUUGUAAAAACUCAAGAUGAUAAAACGGGCACUGUCGUCCAUUUAUUCACUGGUGAUUAUUGGGAGAAGAAAAAAAUUAACGAUUGGUCAGCUUGUCCUAAUAUAUUUUAG